UCCACACAAAAAACAAGAAAACACAGUUGUGUCAGUAUUAAUCAUACUGACACGUUUUUAAAAGGCAUGAAUAUAAUGUGUAUCAACUGUAUCAACGCGUUUAUACCACUGAGAUAUAGGUUUCUACAGAGGGAUUUGCGGUAAUUAUCACGUCCAGCAGUGCAUGCGCAAACGAAUGUUUAAAUAUGUUCAAAAGACGGACGUUUUCAGCAGUGCAUUGCCGUUUUUGAAUGUAUCCGUGAUGGCCCCAUGCACUCGCCUGGUGAUUGGUUGGAUUUAGAGACAGUCCACGGCUUCUUCCUGGAUGAGAUCAUGGCUACGAUUAAGCAACAAAAUAAUAUAUUUUUGAACUACUUUUGAUCAAGCACUAUGUGAAAACGGAUGAUGUUCUGGUAAAUUGUAACUGGUGCAUGAUCGAUAUUGCUGUCAAACAUGGAGUGUCUCCUGUAGAUGCUUAGGGUUGCCUACUACUAUUAAAUCUAAUUUGCUGUUGAAUAGCUAGCUCCAAUGUAACAAGACGCCAAUAUAAUCUCCCAGAAUCCUCACUUGAGAGGUCAAAGUGAGUUUGAUUCCUCAUGGCUUGAUGUAACUGUCAACAUUUUCUGUCAAGCAACACCAUAGUUUGGCUGUACUUCAGAUUGUGCUGGACUGAGAAAACACAAUGGAUAAUGGAAGACAAAGCCGUGUUUCACGGCCUCAACGGAUAAGUGGGUCAUCCAAGGUGUACCGAUGGGCAGAGCAGGCAGACGUCCUCCUGCAGGGCCUGAAUGAGCAGCGUCUGCAAGGCCAACUGUGUGACGUGGUUCUGGUGGCUGAUGAGCAGCGUAUACCAGCGCACCGGGCCCUGCUGGCCGUCUCCAGCCCUUACUUCCAGGCCAUGUUCACGCUGGGCAUGAGGGAGGAGCGUCAGGCGGAGGUGGAGCUAGUGGGGGCCUCCUACGUCGGCCUGAAGGCUGUGGUGGACUUCCUGUACAGCGGGGAGCUGCCACUGGAUGGGGGCAUCAUUGACUUUGUCCUGGAGACGGCCCACCUGCUUCAGGUGUGGAGGGCGGUGGACUACUGCUGCCAGUACCUGGAGAACGAGGUGAAUGAGGACAACUAUCUGUACCUCCAGGAGCUGGCCCUGCUCUACAGCCUUGAGAGACUAGACACCUUCAUCGACCAUUUCAUCCUGGAGCACUUUGCCACUCUCUCCUUCACCCCGGGCUUCCUGAGGGACGUUCGGCUGCCUAAGCUCAUCUCCUACCUGGCCUGCGGGCAGGUCCAGCACGAGAGCGAGCAGGCUCUGCUCCAAGCCGCCCUCCAGUGGCUGAGCCAUACCCCUGACCGGUCCGCCCACGCCCGCCAGCUGCUCGCCCACAUCCGCUUCCCCCUGAUACCGGCCGGCGACCUGGCAGAGCGCAUCCUCUCCGCCAUACGGGCCCUGAUUCCACCCGAGGCUGGCUGUGAGGUGCUGGUGGAGGAGGCUCUGAAUUACCACACCAGGACCAGCGCCCAGCCCGUGCUGCAAACAGGCCGCACCGCUCUGAGGGGAGGGGAGGAGCGCCUCCUGCUGGUGGGCGGAGAGGUGUCGGACCGCGGCGAGGAGCUGACCGCGGAUGUUUGCUGGCUGGACGGAGAUUCUUGUAGGUGGAUUGUGGAGACCCAAAUCCCGGCCCAGAGGAGCCACCACUGUGUGGCUGUACUUGGGGGGUUCAUCUUCACGGCUGGAGGCAGCUCAUCUCGAGAUAAUGGAGGUGAUGCUGCCAGCAACCUGCUGUACCGCUACAACCCCAGAGACAACCAGUGGAUCAAGAGCUCCCCGAUGAACCAGCGACGUGUGGAUUUUUACCUGGGAGCCGUUGGGGACUGUCUGAUCGCUGUGGGUGGGCGGAAUGAUAACGGGGCUCUGUCCUCUGUGGAGGUGUACAGCCCGAGAGACGACUGCUGGACGUAUGUAGCAGGACUGCCCAGGUUCACCUACGGCCAUGCAGGAACGUCUCAUAAAGGAGUGGUCUACAUCUCUGGUGGCCAUGACUACCAAAUCGGACCUUACCGUCGGGAUGUGUUGAGCUAUGACCCCCAAGGGGCAGACGUCUGGGUGGAGCGCCAGGCCAUGACCUCAGCACGCGGGUGGCACUGCAUGGCGUCCCUUCACCACCUCAUCUACGUCAUUGGGGGCAGCGACGACCACGAGGAGAGCAUCGAGCGUUUCGACAUCCUGGCGGUGGAGGCCUUCGACCCUCAUAGCGAACAGUGGACUCGUGUAGCCCCCCUCCUUCAGCCGAACAGCGAGGCGGGCUGCGGGGUCUGGGGGGGUAAGGUCUACGUGUUGGGGGGCUACAGCUGGGAGAGCAUGGUGUUCUCACACGCCACACAGGUCUUUGACCCCGACAAGGGCCAGUGGGCGCGGGGCCCUGACCUGCCCAAACGCAUCGCAGGGGCCUCUGCCUGUGUGUGCUCAGUAAGACCGCCGCUGAGUAGCUCAGACAGUAAGACGGUAGGACACAAAGGCAAAGGCGGGCUUCAUCCCACAAACACCAGCUCAGGAGGAAUCGGAUGACUGGGGGGUGGCUGUGUAACUGCCAAUGGAACUGUCUGUGGAUGACAGAACUGACUUUCGAAUAUCAUCUCUAAAAGCACAAGUGCUCUCUUAAAAACUGAUCUGUGAAGACUUGCCUAACACUGGGGACUGUGUGAAAGAUUUUCACUUUGACCUGCUUAGUAUUACAAUUAAAGCGUAAUCAAUAAGAUUUAAAGACAUUUUUUUAUGAUCAUUGUUUUGA